ACCGCAAAACUGCCUAGAUGGGGUGGACUGCACAGCACUGGACCGUACGGUACUGUGGACUUUAUCUGUUCCUUGCUGGAUGGACAUGAACGACCUUUGGCCUUGCCCCAGCGCCCCAAAACCAGACAAACCGCGCCUCGAGUUUCUCAUCCCAGGCCUGUCUUCCCUCUUGUUUAUUAAAUCUUAGCCUUGUAUCCUUUUUCUUCGGCAACUUGGACAAGUGCCUCCUUCCCCCCCUCCCCUCUCUGCAGCCAGUUUAAUGGUAAUUAUUAUUGUUGUUAUCAUCGAUGCCAUCCCGCCCCGUCUGCACCUCUGGCCUGACCUCUAACCUCUCUGACCUCCGACUUCUCUGACCUGCCACUUUCCUGCGUGCCAGCCUGAGUGCGUGCCAGCCUCGUCCACAGCGCCCACUCUCGACCAUUCCUACUUCUACGCCUACAUCCAAUCCCUUCUUCGAUCUGGAUCUGGAUCUGGAUCUCAAAUCCGAUCUGGCGGCUUUUUUUUCUUCCCACACGUGGCGAACCCACAUCGGCAACGGUUAUUUCUUGUGCACGCAAUUCAUCCGCCUUCGAACCACUUUCUCGGCCCUCCCCCCCGCCCGCGCCUUGAUCAGUUGCGGUGACUCGGCAGCUGCGUCAAGAGUUGCAAUUGCCCUCUGCGCCAUCGCAACCUUGGAAACAGCCCUCCGGCCCUCCCCCGCAUACGAGUCGGGCUGCAUUCUCAAUCACCACCGACCAGCAGUGGACCCAUUUUGACUUUGUCACUUGGCCGAACCUUCUUGACCGCACGAUCCAUAGUGGUUCGCCUGAAACCUUCGAAAGGAGCUGCUGCGGCCACGCACUCGACGCUUCCAUUCAGAGACGCUUUCUUACUCCCGGCCUGCGACAACCACAUCGGCGCACAUCUGCUGAGCCAAGACACCUUCACCUCCCCCCGUUCCUCUCACAUCCUGGUGACCGCACUUCCGGUUUUUGUCACCCCGCUGGCACUGGGAUCCUGCCAGCUCGCGCCGCAACCGUGCUCCUCUGAAAGGUCGGCUGUCUCUGCUGCACUGGGAUAUUUCACGUUGGCCAUCCCACACUACCCAUUUGCCUACCGCCCUCCGCCUACCGCCCUGUCCUCGGCUCGACUGACUCACCUUGGUUCAAGCAACGAUCCCCCGCUGGCCUCAUUAAAAAGCUAAUCUGCGGCCCGAGCUGCUACCUACUACUCGCGUCGAAUAGCGCUGGGGUUUUCGCCACACUCACCACUAAAGUCGUCUUGAGCCUCAAUCCGGACGGGCGUCCCAAGAAGAACCUUACGGGCUUGUAAACUCCUUGUUCUUGCAAGCUCAUCACAACGCGGAACCAGAACCCUGCGUGUUUGAUCAGAGUGUGUGCGUUUGUGCGUUUGUGCGUGUGAAGUUGCCCGCCGCCUAUCCAUAAGGCCUCUUACAAGGCACUGUCUCUUCGGCCGUGAUUUACUCGCCUGGUCAACCUCGCUCGAAUUGAACUCUGACAAGAGCUUACCAACCGGCACCGCGGCAAUCGGACACUAGGCAUCUGUCUUUGAUCGAGUCGGAUCGGGCUGCGAGAUCAGACAGUUACCGCCCAUUAGUCAUUGCAAGCUUUGCAUACUCCUGCAGCGUGGAUCGUUGUGCCGUCAGAUGAAUUAGGCUGGGCACAUCGCAUUAAAGCGCUGGGGUGUUGACACGACCGUCUUGAUCCUGUCCCGUUAUGGAAUUGGGCAACACCGCUGGCAGGCAAAGCUCUCACUCUUCUGCCAACCACUCUGAUCCUUACCACCACCGACCAAAAGGCUCCUGGGACAGACCAUACAGGGAAGGUCCGGCCAUGGCGACUGCCACCUUGCUCAAUCCUGCAUCUCACUACCAAACCCAACAGCCCUCGUACCCAUCCAACUACUCUCGUUCCACUGCUGGCUCAAACAUGCCUGGUAUCGUCUCCCCCGUCGAGCCAAGGAGGCGGCCAGAAGAGAGUGAGCCGCAGCGGCAGUCGUUGCCAUCGAUACAAGAGGUCAUCUCUGGCACCAAGCCUCCAGCAUCGGCAUUUCCACCGUCUCUGUCGACUUCGGUCCAAGGCGCCCCGAGCCUGCCAUCUCCGUUCGCAUCCUCAACGUCGUCGCGGCCAUACGCCGACCUUUCGCCUCAGGACAAACAUCCUUCGCCGAGAUCAUUACACAACCCGCCGUCCUUUCCCACCAGGAGCGAGCCGAUGCCUCCAUUUUCCGACCCUUCCAGGGCUCCAUUGUCCAGCAGGCCGCCGGCCCUCGCGCCAGUCAACAACUUUUAUCCUGGACCGCGGCACUCUCCCCCUCCGUUGAAAAAUGAGCCCCACCCAGGGGAGAGGCAAGCAGAGGCACACAGAUUAAAUGGCUCCUAUCCAUCAACGGCUGCAGAACAGCAAAACGUCCCUUACGCACAGCAGAACCAGUUGCCUGCUGGGCAGUUACCCCUUUCGGCACAUCCCAUGUCUCCACGAUAUCCUGGACACUCACUUCCGUCGCCUUUCGAUGGCUCACGCUCGUCAAUGCAGGAAGACUCUGACUACCUGAGGAGGGAGAACAAGUACGAGCAGACGCUGAGCAGACACUUUGAGGCAUGGCAGUACCAAGAAUCACUUGCCAAGGUAUGGAGCUUGGCACCGGGGGCUGCGCAGCACCGAAUGCUGACAUUUGACCAGAUCGCGUCCGGGUCACGGACAAUUUUCAAUUUUGCGGAUGCAUACGGUCGCUGUGCCGCGGAGGAACAAGGCCCUGGCUCCCACCCCAUGCCCACACGGUUGCCUUCAGAACGCGAGAUCGGAGACAUGUUAAAUAUGGCGGAGUGGAUGCGCGGUAUGUUGGAUAACCUGCGGACAAUGGUUCAGCAAAGCGUCGUGAUGAACGACCGAGCGCGCGAAGCUAGCCGGGGCAAGGGACCGUACGAGGAUGAGGACAUGGCCAUGUACGGCGACGGCAUGAAGUCUGCUUACGAGAUGGCGGGUGUCAAGAAGCGGAGAGGACGUGCCGCUCCUCCUGGCCGUUGUCACAGCUGCAACAGAAUCGACACGCCGGAGUGGCGUCGUGGUCCCGAUGGCGCGCGAACGCUCUGCAACGCGUGCGGCCUACACUACGCCAAACUGGAGCGGAAGAAACAAAUCGACGCCAAGAACAUCCGGCCCAGGCCCUCGGUUGAAAGAGGUUAGCCCGUGCGAAAUUCGGGGGGUGGGGUUGUCAGGGACAGCCCUGACAAACGCUGGGCUAAGAACAGCAGCGGCCCUGCUGGAGACGACGCAUUAUCAAGAAUCCAACGCAUCGUUGUAUGCGCCAGCAUCUUUUGUCGUCGCUGUUUCAAAAAGUCGCCAAAAAGUACAGCAUUUACCGGCAAGCCAACGCCGGUUACGAUCACUACUAGCACCGCAGGCAUCGAGAAAGAAAAAGGAAAAGGCACUGGGUCUCAUUUUGCAAAUUCGGGGGCAGGUUCCAGGUGGCAAACGCCUACGUCAUCAUGCUGUGUCUCAUUUUAUACCCAAAUAUAUCAGGUCGGACACGAAGGAUACGCGACAGGAUCCGAUCAGCACAUUCUAUUUCCCACGACAACACCGGGGAGGAUCUUGUAAAUACAUCAGCGGGGUCUGUUAACUCUGGGAACUGGACUGGCCGCGGCGGGGCUAAUUUCUUCCUUUUUUUUUGUUUGGGUGGGGUGGGGAUGGUAUAUAACUGGCAUGAGAGAGGCGUUUUGUGAGAGCUGCUCAAUGUGAUGUUCAGACGUCAUGAAGCCUUUUUUUUCCCCUCUGCUGUGGGGAGUCUCUUCUGCUAUUACCAUGCGCUGAGCCUCGAUCUGGGAGAAGCAUGUACAUACCGCUGUCGUCAUCAUCAUUAUCAUCAUCAUCAUCACCACCACCACCACCACCACCGCCAUUACCAUCGAUUUUUGCCAAAUUGAUAUGAAUGAGACGCGCAAGGCGUCCUCUUCCUGCCCAUAUGUGGACAAGCCGAUGUCGAAGAAAGCAUCCAAUGGCCGGGGUGAAAAGGGAAGCAUCCGAAUCCCAGACUUUGGUCGCCGUUGUCUGAGCUGUGGUGAAACCGCCCUCGCAGCCCCAUGGACAAGAAGAAAAGCACGACACGGGACGGAACUGACCAGUGGUGGGCCGGCCAAGAGAUCUGGCCCAUCUGCCGAACGCUGGGAUGGCACUGAUCUCAUCUCAGGCAUGAUCAGGGCAGAAUGCCCGCAUCAUUUGCCUGAUUGACGCACAAAUCCCAAGUCGGGGGCACGCAACUACCCUACAGAGACGGAACUAGAUGGAUUGUCCCGGGGCCGAGCUUUAAUGGGGCUGUCAGACGGCGCGAUGACCGGGGGCUAAUUUUCCUCUCCGGCUAGCCCAGCCCAACCCUAAGUCACGCCCUCUCGGGAGUUGAAGGUUUCUUCUGGUGAAAAUGUCUUUGCCCUGGUUGCCUGGGCGGUCCCCCUGCUUGCCGCGCUGGGAGAGGGAGGAAGUCGUAAGAUGAGCUUUAUCAGAUCGAACGGCCUCGGCCGGGAUCACCAGUCGAAGCUAGCCCCGGUUCCUAUACGCAGAGCAGGAAUCAUCAGGGCCGUGACAGCGGUGGGAUUGAACAUUGGACACUCAUCUGUCGGCAGAAAUGUCGGUGCGACGCCCAUGUGACACUCUCCGCGCGCGAGGCUGUACCGACUAUGAAGGAGAGAGAAACCAACCUUCAAGGUUACGGAUGGGACGAGACCCGUGAAAGGGUCACACAUCGGGCUGGCAUCCGGUCUAGUGAUUCAUCUACUCGGUACUGCUGGUGGAUGGGUGGCCGGCAAACAACUUGGACGGGUUGCCAAGUGCGGGAGGGCAGCCCGAGCUUUUCAACACCCAAUUGAAUAUCAUAGUUUGGGCGUGAAACAUGGGUAGGGCCCAAGAGCGAGGCGUAAUAUCGAGAUUGUGAUCUCGAUAAGCGUUCCCGCGCCUUGCAGAUUAAGCUCGGCCGAUAUUUCUUUUCCCUUUCGCUCCUAUAGCCCACGGCAGGGUGUUCGUUCUAUUGGGCGUCGGUGGUUUUUCUGUCCUGCACCAUCGUCCCGAUCCAUCCACGCGAGUCAUGGCUUCUUCUUCGCGACAGUUUUCUUCAGCCCUAUCUAUGCUGUGGGUGCAUGCGUGCGUGCGUGCGCGUGUGUGUGUGUGUGUGUGUGUG